UUUCAAUUAUUUUUACUGUCAGCGGAACAUUCUGCAAUAAUGCUUACUCUUCUUCGUUCAAUGCUGCCGGCAUCGUUCAGGGUGCAUCUUCUGCAUCAAGAAAUAAACCGGAUGAUCUCAUUCGGUUAUUUCCCACAAACCGGCGAGUUCGGCGAAUCUGAAAUUUCUUCCAAAAAUUGCUAAUCAGAUUUUCUUUUCGUGCACUAUAAUGGGAAGAAAAGUAAGAGUGGGGCAUCCCUACGGUAUAAAGGAGAACCGGUCCACGCACGAGGUAAUCAUUCCCACUCCGUUUGCCGUCUCUCGGAGUUCGCCACUCCGCUCAUUUCUCUUUCCGCAACAAUCCGAAAGUCAUCGUCGUCGCGAUCGUUUGCACGUUGAGUGUUCGCCUGUGUCUACGAAUUGCGUUGAACAACGGUCAAGAUGCUGCUAAUACAGCCUUCGGAAGAAAUGUCCAAGCAGAUACAUCAGGAGUUAAAUGAGAAUCCAGCGACCCGGGAAAAGGAUCUCGAAAUUAUCAAGGAAUGGCUCUCUAAGCAACCGCAUUUACCGAAGUUUGAUGACGAUCAAAGAAUAAUGACGUUUCUACGCGGGUGCAAGUUCUCCUUGGAAAAAUGCAAACGGAAGUUGGAUAUGUAUUUCACAAUGCGCGCGGUAGUACCCGAAUUUUUUUCCGAUCGCGACAUCACGAGGCCGGUGCUGCAAGAAAUAUCGAAGAACAUACAGACACCUCCUUUGCCAGGCUUGACGAAGAAAGGAUGUCGAGUGAUUGUCAUGCGAGGAAUCGAUAAGGACGUGCCAACACCCAAUAUACCGGAAACUCUAAAGAUAGUGUUCAUGGUCGGCGACAUUCGUCUAAAAGAGGAGGAACACGGCGUGGCCGGCGAUGUUUACAUUUUGGACGCUUCCGUCGCGACGCCCACGCAUUUCGCCAAGUUUACGCCGUCCUUAAUGAAGAAGUUUCUGGUCUGCGCGAUAGAAGCGUAUCCGGUGAAGCUGAAGGAAGUGCACGUGAUUAACAUUAGUCCGCUCGUCGACACGAUUCUCAAUUUCGUCAAGCCGUUCCUGAAGGAGAAGAUACGCAAUCGCAUCUUCAUGCACAGCGACAUUAAGACGCUCUAUGAUUACGUACCCCAAGAGAUAUUGCCGACCGAAUAUGGCGGCGACGCUGGACCCAUUCAGAAAAUACACGAACAAUGGCUCAAGAAAAUGGAAGAAUACGGGCCGUGGUUCGCGGAGCAGGAAGCUGUGAAGACUAACGAGGCUUUACGACCAGGUAAACCAAAGACGCAGGACGACCUGUUCGGUCUCGAUGGAUCCUUCCGGCAGCUGACAAUCGAUUAAGUCGUCUGUUGCGUCCCGGAAACAUUUUGACGUAAUCGUCGCCAACGACAGUAGUUCACCACAUCGUCCGAUCGAUCAUAAACUCCGUCCAUAGUAAAAACUAAGGCAUUUUCUUUUUGAGCGAUUGCGACUGUAUUGCAAACUGUACGGAGCGAAUAUCUUCAAGAUAUGCGCGACCAGAACUCUUCGAAGAACAUAAAGCAUAAUACCUAUGCAUCAUACAAUAACUAUGUUAUAAAGCAUAAUUCACCCAAUCAGCAGAUAUUUUUUAAAAGUUUUUUUAUGUUUUUUGAUAAAAUUGUGUUAAAAGGACGUUUAAGCAAUUGUCUGCUCAUUGGGCAGUCUCAUUGAAAAAUUUUUUUUCACCAGGAAAAUAACAGAGAUGACUUAGCAUAAAAUAUUUCUUAUUUUUUACCAUUUUGUUAACGCAAUAGUUUAUUUAUUUUUAUAAUUUGAAGCGCAACGUAAUUGAUCAUAAUUAAUUAGACGUCAUUUCAAAGAAUAUAAGAAAAUUCUAGCUCAUUUUUCAAUAGAUAAUAGAGAUAUUUUUGUUUAUCUUUUAAAAAUCUAGCUCAUUUUUUAAUAGCUUAUAGAGAUAUAUUUGUUCGUCUUUUCUUUGUUUCAUCGAUUUUUUCUUUGGACAAUGUACCGUUUAGAAUUUAAACGGUACAUUGUCCAAAAAAAAAAUCGAUGAAACAAAGAAAAGAUGAACAAAUAUAUCUCUAUAAGCUAUUAAAAAAUGAGCUAGAUAUAUUUGUUCAUCUUUUCUUUGUUUCAUCGAUUUUUUCUUUGGACAAUGUAUGUUUAGAUUCUAAACGGUACAUUGUCCAAAGAAAAAAUCGAUGAAACAAAGAAAAGAUGAACAAAUAUAUCUCUAUAAGCUAUUAAAAAAUGAGCUAGAUUUUUGAAAGAUAAACAAAAAUAUCUCUAUUAUCUAUUGAAAAAUGAGCUAGAAUUUUCUUAUAUUCUUUGAAAUGACGUCUAAUUAAUUAUGAUCCAAUUUUAAAAUCCAAUUUUUCUAUGUACGUCUAUCUUAUUAAAAUAUUUUGUAAUUAUAUUAUACAUAUAUUAAUGGCAAAAUAUAAAAAAAAAUUGAAUUCUAUUUUCUUGAAUAUAACUACUCAGACAACACGCAUGUCUAAAAGACAUUUAAAAGAUAUCUUAAAUACGUCGUUUAGACAUGCGAUGCUGUCUGGGAAGUCUAGGAAUUUUAUUGAUAUUUUAUAAAGAAAUUUCUUAAUAUAUAAAUUGUGAUACGAUGUUUAUAUAGUCAAAUAGCAUGUCCGAGUAUACCGCACUUUUAUAUAUAUUAUUACCGUCACUAACAUAAUCACGUCAUUAUUAAAAUAUGCAUUAAUGUUCGGGAAUCGAGCGAUGCUCAGUUUUAUAGCGAAUAAAUGUAGUAAUACGAAAUAAAUCGGGUAAUAUAUAUUCCUCUUUAUUUUUGGUUUGAGUUGCUGUUUGUGCUGGGCAAACGUGAAAAAGUGUGGCGCACAUUGAUGGUGCACCUAUCAUUUAUGUGAUUGUUUUUUAAUUCUUGAAACAUUUUUUAUUAAUAUCCUAUUUGGAGAAAUCGAGAAAAUAAAUAAAAUUUUUUUCAGAAUGAAAUAUGUAAUUGUAACUCAAAUAUUACGCUUGCGUGUAAAUGUGUGUAAUUUAUAAGUAAACCCUAAAAAAUAAACUUUCCUUAAUCCAUAUUAAAA